CUUGCAGGAGCAUUUCACAAGACCAGCCUCCAGUGUGUUGGAUGGGUCUUGUGGUAUCAGCAGCCUGACUGCUUUGCAGCUGACUGAACUCCUGGCACGAGAAAUCAGUGGUGGCACGAUUGGAAACAGACACCGGUCAACAUGAGCAUGGCAGGCAAAGUUAUUAAAUGCAAAGCAGCAGUAAUGUGGGAAGCCAAUAAACCAUUUUCUAUCGAGGAUGUGGAAGUUGCCCCACCAAAAGCACAUGAACUUCGCAUAAAGAUCGUGGCCACAGGGAUCUGUCGCUCUGAUGACCAUGUGGUAACUGGUGCACUGGUUAUGCCUUUUCCAAUUAUUCUGGGGCAUGAAGCAGCUGGUGUUGUGGAGAGUGUUGGGCAGGGAGUAACUUCGAUCAAACCAGGAGACAAGGUUAUUCCACUCUUUGUUCCACAAUGUGGGGAGUGCAAAACUUGCUUAAGCACCAGGGGUAAUCUGUGCAGUAAAAAUGACAUUUCUUCAGGUGCUGGAUUAAUGCCUGAUGGCACCACUAGAUUCACCUGUAAAGGAAAAGCAAUUCACCAUUUUCUUGGUACAAGUACCUUCACUGAAUACACAGUAGUGCAUGAAACUGCUGUAGCCAAAAUUGAUUCUGCUGCACCUCUGGAAAAAGUUUGUCUGAUUGGCUGUGGAUUUUCAACUGGCUAUGGGGCUGCUGUACAGACUGCCAAGGUGGAACCAGGCUCCACCUGUGCUGUCUUCGGCCUCGGAGGAGUUGGCCUUUCUGUUGUAAUGGGCUGCAAGGCGGCUGGAGCUUCCCGCAUCAUAGCUGUUGAUAUCAAUAGCAACAAGUUUGCCAAGGCCAAGGAGCUGGGUGCUACCGACUGCGUCAACCCUAAAGAUUUCAAGAAGCCUAUUGAGGAAGUGUUGAUCGAAAUGACUGGCCACGGUGUGGACUACUCCUUUGAGGUCAUCGGCCGUACUGAAACCAUGGCUGCGGCCUUGGCCUGUUGCCAGUACAACUAUGGAGUCAGUGUGAUUGUGGGAGUGCCUCCUGCAGCACAAAAGAUCACCUUCGACCCCUUGCUCCUCUUCACUGGUCGCACCUGGAAAGGGUCUGUCUUUGGAGGCUGGAAGAGUAAAGAUUCAGUCCCUAAACUGGUUGCUGACUACAUGAAAAAAAAAUUUGUUCUGGAUCCAUUAAUAACCCACACACUUCCUUUCACUAAAAUCAAUGAAGGAUUUGAUCUGCUGAGGACAGGGAAGAGCAUUCGCAGUGUCCUGGUGUUUUAGGAUUCCCAACUGUUACACAGCAGAUGGCUCAGCACCAGUACAAACAUCAUUAUCCUCCAAAACAACUGAUAUGAAAUACAAACCAAGACAAUUCUGAAAGGUCUACCACCACCACCCUUGAUUAAAAGGAUCAAGCUCAAACCAAACUUCAUGCACAGCAUUUAUAUGUGAAAUAAUCUGUUUCCUCCUACCUCUUUCUCCUGAUUCUUGCUUUAAAUCCUCUGUGUUGUGCUGCAAUUUUCUUUUAAUAGCCAGUUAUGAAUUACAGGACUUGCUGCUGUCACAGGUGUUAUGAAAUGUUUGGAUUUUUAAAAAAUGGCUUUUAAUAUGCAAUCUUUUAAUAGAAGAAAAAUGAAGGAAACUGUUUCUUUGGGACUUCAUAACACUGCCAGCUUAACAGAUUUGUGCACGCAGCUCAGCACAAUAAAACUCUAGGUCAGAGCUAUGUAUCCAUCCUGAAUGACUUUAGCAUUCCAUCACGUCAUAGGCAAGGGAAUUACUGCAGAGAUUAAAAGUUAUGAUGACCAUGUGUUUGAAUUAUAAUUUCAGUAAAUGAUAUUUAAGUAAAUGAUAGGCUUAGGUACUGGAGAAAGUCUCACCAAAUUAACGUAUCCAAGCAUCUUAUAUAAAACUGCUGUAGUGGUGUUUGGUGUUGUGGUUUUGGUUUUUUUUACCUUUGUACCUCUUUCCUGGGGAUGUUUUAGUUGUUUUGUCAGCAUGGUUUUAGAUCCUUGGCCAAUUUAUUCAAGUGCAUUUGAUUCUUAGGAAACAACAUGAAGAAAUAUGAAAAUGCACCAAGUAUUGUUAUUUGUUUUCAUUAAAUAAAGGGGAGGUUUCCAAACCUUUAA